CAGCGUGUUCGUGGUCGUUUACGUCGGCUUCAUCCUUCACUUAGUACACGAUGCUGAAGGCACUUCACUCAGCGUUGCCUCUACAGCUCUGCCGACUCAUUACCACUACGACCGCAUUGCGGAGACAACCUCCACAUGACAAACAACGAUACAAGCGCCAUCAUCCGGAACCUAGGCACACGAUGCCCUUCAUCGAUGAGGCCCCAUUGGACCAUCUUCCAAGGCGGUCACCCACACCCACUGGCUUGUGGGGAUCCACCAGUGCGGUUGUCAAGGCCCAGAGAUUCAAACAUGAACAACAGCUGAAACAGGUAGCAACCACAUUCGAGAAACUGCAAGAGCUUUAUCAUUUGGAGCAAAAUCUAUGGUAUCAUUCGCUAGAUUUGCCAUUACAACACCCUGAAAUGCUCGAAUUUUGUCAACAGCUGACCCGCACCAAUGUAAUGUACCCUUGGGAGCCAGAUCUAGCGCAGGAGUAUCCGCUAGCUCAAGAGUAUAUGGCCCAUGCCGUUUCCGAAUGCCUGCUGCAGCUGACCCGCCUUCCAAUCAACACUGUAGAUACCAACCCAGAAGCCGUCCUGUUGCGGAACCGAGAACGGGGGAAGAUGAUUGCCGCCUACAUGGAGGCGUUCCAUCAGGCUUGGUUACGUAUGUUUCCCCAAAGUCAUGUUGCUCACGUUUCCGAAUGCCUCCAGCAGCUGAAUCGCCUUCCAAUCAACACUGUAGAUACCAACCCAGAAGCCGUCCUGUUGCGGAACCGAGAACGGGGGAAGAUGAUUGCCGCCUACAUGGAGGCGUUCCAUCAGGCUUGGUUACGUAUGUUUCCCCAAAGUCAUGUUGCUCGCCGGCCUUAUCAGUUGGAUGAGCGUGGAACAAUAGAAACCUUCCUGAAGCGGAAAGUUCCUCCAGAAAUGUUUUCCAAGUAUGACGAUAUCGCGGAAGAUAUUUUUGAUGAGGUGAAUGAGACGGUGUUCGAUACUAAGGAGGAAACCGUUCGCUAUCGUAUUCGUUCCGAAUUGGCUUGCCAGCUGCGUGGUAUUGACCCACUAAGACCGUUCCUUUCUUGGGACGAUCCACUCUGUCUGGAGAAUCGUGUCCCUACUUGUAACUAUCGUCCCGAAGCUUUCGAACUAAAGCCCGUGGACUGUUACGAAUUCUCCUGCCUUCCGCACACGGAGACUUUGGAUUUUUCAGAGUUUGCGCGUUCAGUUGCUGGUUUCUGGCCAAGAUCUCCAUUUUGGGAAGGUGAUCCGUGUGAAUUUGGCCAUGUUGGGGUGUUGGAUGUGGCUCGAAGUGAGAAACUGCUCCGUGACCUGAGUAAAUCUCAGCUUCCUGUUGCUGUGAUACAGGAGGUUCGUGUGCGUCAUGCGUUAAGUGAAGGACUACUAACUGCAUUUGCUUGGACGAGUGCACAAGCUUACAAUCAAGGUUUCUGGCCAAGAUCUCCAUUUUGGGAAGGUGAUCCGUGUGAAUUUGGCCAUGUUGGGGUGUUGGAUGUGGCUCGAAGUGAGAAACUGCUCCGUGACCUGAGUAAAUCUCAGCUUCCUGUUGCUGUGAUACAGGAGGUUCGUGUGCGUCAUGCGUUAAGUGAAGGACUACUAACUGCAUUUGCUUGGACGAGUGCACAAGCUUACAAUCAAGGCUUUACAUUGUACAACGAAUUGACGUAUCCGUUGGCAACCCAACUACUAUUAGUGGAUAACGAUCACAUUCAGCUGUUGCGUUACCAGCUGAACUCGCUAACCUCACUAUGGAAAGCCGAUGAUUCCGGAUUGCCGUUCAAUAUGGCUUGGUUGUCACCCAAAGUUAAACUCUACGAGCUCAAUCCUGAUAUCCCAACUAAAGUUUCCAUCAAUCCACGGGCCAUCGCUCUAAUGGCGUCAGCUAUGACCUAUCCGGUGGAUGAGAAUCUUUCCAGUGAGUAUCUCAGGCCUUAUCUUAAGGAGCUUUGUGCUCCUCGUGACAGAGCGCAACCUACUGGUGAUCCAUCCACCUACUUGAUUCCUGACAGUUGUGAAGAGUCUCCAGAAGAGCUGUCAGAUUCGCCACCACCCGUCAUGAGCAAACUUGAAAAAGAGGCUCUCGAGAUAUCAAAACAAGCUGAUCGAGAAACCCCUCAUCGGAUAUUCGGUCACCCACGGCCUCAUCCAAACGACGUCUUUUUCCUCAAGAUGACGGAUAAGUCGGAGUUGGUGCAGGAGCUUAAAGACGAAAUGCCGGAUUUUGGGGGACAGUUUUCUUGUCUUCCUGAACCACAUAACUCUAGAAUUAAAGAAUUCAAAAUCGAACGUCGAAAUCGCCAACCACGGCUUCGUGUUCAAGCUCCCCCUCGACGGUGGCGCUGAUCUGGGUAAUGGUGUGCUCAAUUCCUCUUCAGAAGUCUGUAAAUAUAGCCGUUAACCA